AGGCGAUAGGUUACUUCUAGAAAGUAACCUCCCGAGCCUUCUAUAAUAUCUUGUGACCCGGGGUGCCUGGAUCCAGUUUGUGUGUGGCUCGUCUCUUGUCGCGUUCAGUCAGGUAACACAGGUGUAUCCAGUCCCUACUGAAAAAAACUUUGGGUGAAUUGCUAUAAGGACAGGAAACUGUACUCAUACACAAUGGGAUGCCUGAAAGAACGACUGUUGAUCUUGGCCAUCUGUCUGUCUGUCUGUCUGUCUGUAGUAACAGGUCUGCGGUGCUAUGUCUGUGACUAUUACCAUCUAGAAUCAUCCAGUGCAAUUGUGAACCGAGCCUUGUCUGCAGUCACAUCCCUUUCUGACGAGAACUGCAACGACAGUGGUAACAAGCCACAAACAUGUCCCUCCGAUAGUGGGUACAAGUGUGGCCAAUUUCAAGCACAGUGGAAGGUUCGGUUUUUGGAGUGGACGUAAAGAUGGAUAUAGUGUCUCGUACCUGCUCCCCACAGGCUACUGCUUCCUCAGACAGGUGUGAGACAGCUACUGACAACGACAAAUCCCUACUGCCAGUUGUCUUUUCUUCCAUAGUGAAAGUCACCUCUGUUUAUGGAACGGAUUGCGUGUGCUCCACAGAUCUAUGUAACGGUCAGCUCAGCAUUACCGCCGAGAAAUUCUGUUGGCUGGCUGGGCUACUUCUGGCGCUGAUGGCACGUCAGCUGUGAAAAACGCUGUACUUUCGCUUUUCAGUUUCAAGAAACACAAAAAUAUAUAUAAUCGUAUGACUAAAUACUACCGUUGUUAUUGAGAAUGGAUACAUGUUUGUUUACGUUUUUAAUAAUUCGGUGAAAAUUUACAUUUACUGUACGUGUGACUCUUGAAUAGUUCCAGAAAUGAAAAGAAUCAGUCAUAAACCAUUAAAUACAAAGCAUGUAAAAGCCGUAUCUACAAAACUA